AUGCCCCAACUCCUCCCACUACCCUGAUUCAGUACACUACUCCUUGCCUGAGUAAUUUUCCUAACUUUCUUCCCUAAAAAAGUAACGGCUCACACUUACCCCUAUAAACCUACCCCCCUUAAACUCCAAAAACUAGAGAAAACCUCUUGAGAUUGACCCUGAGUGUAA